AUGGCGCUGUUUACUUUUCUAGGGUUGCUGGCGUCGCUUUGUACCUAUGUCAUUGGUCUUCAAGUGUACGACGGUCCCACGCCCGACCUCUCAAGCACUCCGUUCGGCUACGCGCAGGCGUCAACGGGCGGCUCGACGAACGAAUCCGCCGUCUAUGUCGCAUCGACUCUCGCAGAACUCAAGGAAGCCGUCGAGCUUCCCUACACGAAGACGGUAUACGUCAAUGGCACCAUUCACGGCAAUGAGCUAGCUGACGGCUCACUCGCCGACUGCCAAACCUACAUCGACACCACCGGCUCUGACGGUUCCGCCGUCCGACAGUUCAACUUCACUCUGUACAUCCUGAGCCUCAACUCGACGUAUACGUCCCUCGUCGACGCCGCCGCCGAAGCAGGCGAACCCUUCGAAGGGCGUAACGCCACGGAGUACAAGGAACUCCUUGGACACCAGAAUGGCUGGCGGCCCGUUGUAGUGGGGACGCAGAAGGCUCAAGUCGGUCUCCGGCUGACGAAUAACAUGUCAAUUAUCGGCCUCGACAAGUCGGCGGCUCUGGAUGGGGUGAAUCUCUAUUUGAGCUCGGUUGAUAAUGUGUGGGUGAGGAACUUGAAGCUGGUGAGCCCGGCGGACUGCUUUCCGGCACCAGAGACAUUUCCGAGUUCGUGGAAUGCGGAGUUCGACGCUGUCGGCCUGGUCACGAGCACAAAUGUCUGGGUCGACGGUUGUGAACUGCAGGAUCAGCUCUCUGGAGAGUAUGUUGUCCCUGAUGAGAUCGACGGCUGGCAAGUGGACAGAUUUGACGGCAAGCUAGAGUGCUUGUUCGACUGCGAGGACGGCACCGACAAUGUCACGUUCUCGCACAAUAUAAUUCGCAAUCACCACAAAAGCCUACUCAUUGGCGGUGGCACGAAAGAAGCGGACCGUGAUCUAGGGAAAAUGCACUUCACGAUCUUUGGCAAUCACUUCAACAAUUCCGCCUCACGAAACCCCCUCAUGCGCUUCGGCACAUUCGACAUCGCCAACAACCUCUACUCUUACACCAACGAUGCCGAGCCGCUCUUUGAUACCGACACCACUGCCAACACCACCGAUUACUUGACUUCCCGCGCCGCCGCCCCUGCCGACGCCGUCUUCCAAUACAACCUCGGCGUCUACAAUCAAUCCACCGUUCACGUCCGGGCGAACGCCUUCAUGGCCUCGGGCGCGCAUGCCGACGACGCGUCGCGGCUAUUUACGAUCAGCGAGGCGACGCUGCCCGAUCGGCCCGCAAGGGUGUGCGUGGACGCAGGGGUUGAGUCGACUUUGAAUGGAGGGGCGGUGAAUCUUGCAGAUGUGGCGGGGGCGACGGUAGAUUACUUUGUGGAGGAGGGCCGUGCGGUGGAGGGUGCGGUGCUGGUGACGUGCGAGGGGGUGGUGGAGGAAGGGUACGAGCUGCCGGUGACGCUCACAAACGGGAAGGACGUAGAGGAGUAUGUGCUCGCGAAUGCGGGGCAGGUUUGA